GCACCAGGCACCGGCAAAGAGAGGGGAGUUGCCUCUCCUUACCCUCUCCUCCUCCUCCUCCCUCUGGUCUAUCUCUGUGCGUCAGACGGAGCGUUUGGAGGAGAGUCGAUGGAUGUAAAGGAUCUGUCUAUCUAGCUUGUACACGUUUCCUUUUCUUCCUCACCUGGAGGUGUGCUGCUCCAUCUUUAACCUCCACACCCUCUCUCCUUCUCCUCCUCUGGGAUGAACGGGGAGGUGAUGGAGGGGAGCCCGGCUCAGGAGCAGCAGCACGCCGGUAACAGCUCCCACCUCCCUCCCCCUCCCACCAUUACGCCGGCCAUCCCUCCCUACGUGAAGCUGGGCCUGACCAUUGCCUACACCAUCUUCUACUCACUGCUCUUUGCCUUCGUCUACGCCCAGCUCUGGCUGGUGCUGCGAUACCGACACAAGCGUUUCAGCUACCAGACGGCCUUCCUCUUCCUGUGUCUGCUGUGGGCCGCCCUGCGUGCCCUCCUGUUCUCCUUCUACUUCAGAGACUGUGUCACCGCCAAUGCGCUCGGACCCUUCGCCUUCUGGCUGCUCUACUGCUUCCCUGUCUGCCUGCAGUUCUUCACACUCAGCCUCAUGAACCUCUACUGUGCACAGGUGAGGCUGGGGGGCUGAUUCUGGUUCCUGUUGUACAGGAACUGGUUACACUGGGAGCACAAUGUUCUUUAAGGCCUUGCAGAGCAACUCUUACUUCUCCCCUGCAGAGAGGUAAAGGUGCACUGCUGGGUGUCUUAGUGUAUUGUAACAUCUCUGAUGGUGGCACCACAUGUGCACCAGAGCACAUGUCUGACCACACCCACCUGUUAUUCCAUAAUCAACCAGAGGGGGCAAUGGUUCUUUUGGGCAGUGAUUAUUAUGUUGUGCAAACUGAGAAACUUUGCAUUCGAGAUCUAAAUUCCUACAGCUCUGAUGGACAGUUUGUGAAGACUUGCAAAUGUGCCAAAAAAAGGAACCCUGGUGAGAUUAAAUCAGCCACAAAAUAAAGGUUGCUACUUUGUCCACAGGUGGUGCCAAAAUCCACACAGACAGAAAAUUCCUUACAGGAGCUUUAAAGAGAAUAUGACAGUUUGACUUUCUUCACAAUAACGAAAUUCACUCAUUCUUUCACAUUGUACACUCAGGAAUAUUAUUCUGAAACUGUUGAACUAUUUGCUCACUCAGUCUCUCACAGAGUGGUGAACCUCUGCCCAUUUCUCCUUCUGAGAGACUCAGCCUCUCUGGAUGUCCUUUGUAUACACAGUCAUGUUAUAAAUUAACCUCAUUGGUAUGAGAUGAAAUUGGGGUUGUGGUCUGGGUGGUCGGGCCCACAAAGUCAAAAGAGGAUCCUGGUAAUCCUGUCUUCUAAAUGAAGGUAUUAAAAGCCCAAAAACAGUCACUGAAAAUGAAGUCUAACUCAGUUACAUUUACCACUGUAGGUCAUUAUUGGGAUAAAAUUGCACCAAAAUGAAACAGAUGAAGCAUAAAACAGUAUUUUCAGAGGAUGUUGGAUAUUUCAUCAGUUAUUUUGGGAGUUAUCGAUGCAGCAGCUGCCUCUUACUGUCACUCAUUCAUGCUCAGCAGCUGGUGGAUUUAGAAAAUCAAGCAGAAAUGAUGAGUAUUCAGGGAAAGAAAUCUGCCUCUUCACCGGCAUCUUUACACGCUGAGAGCUGAGAUGACGCAGGGCUUCAUUUAUCAAUGAGUGUCUCUUCAGUCAGGAAGACGAACCAAUCAUAUCAAGUGCUGCAACUUUGCGCUGAUACCAAGCAGGGCAGUCCUUCUGCUCUUAAGUUGUGGUACUGGUGGUAUGCCGGGGACCAGUUUUUAUCAAAGAGCAGCAUUUUUUUACCCGGAUAAAGGUGAUUACAAGUUUACGAGUUUGAUAACAGAGAGAAAAAUUAGUGCCUUUAUGGCAUUAACAGGGGAAGGAUCAUUUAAAAUAGAAUUCAAAGUCAGUACAAAAAGCAUAAUCAGUCCUCUCUUCAUUACAGGUCUACUUCAAGGCAAAGUCCAAGUACUCACCUGCACUGCACAAGUACAGGUAAAUCCUUCAGCUAACUCGCAGACGACUCAGACUGUCAAAUGGGAUCCUCUAAAUUAAAGCACUUGUGUGAAUAUAUCACAGUUUAAGAGCAUAUCUCUCUCCGUCUCUUUACCUCCAGACUUCCUCUGUACCUGGUCUUCUUGGCUGUCAGUCUCCUCUUCCUGGUGGUCAAUCUGGUCUGCGCCCUGCUGGUCAAAAUGACCACUGCUGAUGUCAAGACCAUUGUCCUGGUGAGGGUCACCAUAAACGACAGCCUGUUUGUCCUCUGUGCUGUUUCCUUGUCCGUCUGCCUCUACAAAGUGGCCAAGAUGUCACUGGCGAACAUCUACCUGGAGUCAAAGGUAGGUCCAGUCUGCUGCUGUUUGACCAGUGAUACAACAAUGAAAGCCAACUGUUUUACCCGUUAAAUAUGGGAUAUUAUUUAGUGUUACAACAACAACAACAACAACAACAACAACAGUGAAAGCAUACCGUGAAAACAUUUAAAGAGAGUAAAUUGUAAAAUAAAAACUUAAAUUUUCACUGAUUGUGCUCUUACACUUGGUUAUCCAGAAGAGACAAGCUGUAACAGUCAAACUUUUGAAAGAUAGCACCAUCAAACUGAAAUAAUCCUUUAAUUCGACCUUUUAUGACUUUAAAAUAAACUUCAAGUCCAACUCAAACAAAAUGAUUGAGAUCAGUCUCAAACAGUCUAUCCUGGUGAGUCUUUAUCCUUUAAAAUCCAGGAAAACAUGAAGAGUCAGAAUCCAGCCCAAACUCAAGAGAAAAAGAAAAAAAAGCAGUUUGAAAGAAGAGAGUAAAAGAUAAUAUAAAAGCUGAUAAAUCAGAUCAAACAAGUUGAAUCAGCUGUAUAUUGAUGAAUAAUGACUUUUGCACUCAGGGGACAUCCGUGUGUCAGGUGACUCUGAUCGGCAUCACAGUGGUGUUGCUGUACUCAUCUCGGGCGUGUUACAACCUGGUGGUCCUCGCCCUCACUGACAUUGAGACCAUCAACUCCUUCGACUAUGACUGGUACAACGUCUCUGACCAGGUAUGGUCACCUUCACACUUUCAAAACUGACUCAUAUGGACUAUUUUCAUGUGUCCUGACCUUCGACCUGUCUUUAUUCCUCCAGGCGGACCUUCGGUCUUCACUCGGGGAUGCCGGUUACAUUGUGUUCGGUGUGAUUCUGUUUAUCUGGGAGCUUCUGCCCACCUCGCUGGUGGUCUUCUUCUUCAGGGUCAGACGGCCACCACAGGAACGGGUUAGUCACAUCUUUGUGGUCUUGGUUUUCCCCCUCUGGCUUCUGGUUUCAUCCUGUCUCAUUUUUUAGUUUAUAACCAGAAAAAGAGAGUAUAAGCAUGUCUUAAAGUGCUCUGAGACAGAACUGAAUCUAAUGAUCCUCUUGAUGAGGAGGAAAAUUCCUCACUGAGCCUGAAUCUGUUGUGUCCACUUAAUCUGCAGACAUGGACAUCUUGUCUAACUAUAAAGUCAUCUGAAUUUAGGACCUUUGGUUUGUCACUACUUUAUAAAUCUGAUGCCUCCAGCUUUGUGGGCAACUAAAAUUAACUUUUUGGUCACUUCAUCAUCACAGAAUAUCUUUCUUUAAACUCUGUUUUUUAAACAUUUUGAUAAACGUUUAUAAUUGUAUUUCAUUUUAACACCACCAUUAAUAUUAUUUUUUUAACAUCUUUCAUUUUAUUCAUCUUUUAUUUUAUUUAUCUUUUUUAUUUUUUUUAUUAGUACAUUUAAUACAGUUAUUAUUCCAUUAUUAUUUGCAUUCUUAUUAUUGUUGUUGUUCUUAUUACUCUUUAGUAUUUUGAAUUAUAAUUGUUAUUAGUAUGGUUGUUUUGUUAUUUCUAUUAUUUAAAUCAUUGGGGGUUUUUUUUGUUUCUUGAAAAACUGAAUAAUAACAAAAAAAUAUUAAUUGAUGUUAAUGAAAUCACGUACACAACAAGAAUUAUUAUACUUGAAUUAUAAUCAUUUUAAAGAAGAAAAAAAGGUCACUUCCAGUGUAAAUUUUACGUCUUUUAGGAAACCGAAGGCUUUUGAACAGCAGUUGCACUGACUGAUGUCAUUAUUACAAAACCUUUAUUCACAUCUUCUCUGUUUCCUCCUCAGAGCUCUGUCGGGAUACCAAACCACGUCCUCUCUUCCAGGGGGUAUUUCUUUGACAACCCGCGCCGCUAUGACAGUGAUGAUGACCUGGCAUGGAGCAUCCCUCCCCAGAAUGCAUCAGCAAGGUAUAAGUUGAAGUCAGAUAAGUUGAUAAUUAACAUCUUUAUUCGAACAGCCAAAACAACAGCAUGGAGGACUUUUUUUUACUAUUUAUAGUGUUAUCAGUGGUUGUUAAAUUGUGGUUAUGAAGGUUUUAGCCAAAAUUAAGUUACAUAUGUCAUUUUUAAGGGCUUGUCUUUUGCAGAGCUUCAUAAGCUCAAUUGCAAUUCACCUCUGAGUCAUGGGCAGAGAUAGCCUUGCUCUGCACACUUCACUUGUCUUCACGCUAAGUUUGUAGCCUAACAUUGCUGGUGCAGCAAAAGUGGUAGGUAAUAUAGGAGCUAUUCAGCUCUCGGACACUACAGCAUUGCAAUCCGCUACCGCACACACUUGUUCCAUGAUGGUCCUCUCUACUUUCAGCAGUCUGGCUCGAGAGCAGGGCUCCGGGGGCGGAGCUUGGAGUUGUGACAUAGGAAAUCUCACUGUGUCUGAACCUGCCGUUUGAAUCUGCUAGAGGUUCAUGGCGAUUUGAAUGCAGAAAUACCUAGAAAUGCAAUGUUGCACUUAUUUUCUCAUGAUGUGUCCUCUGGCAUUAGAAAAAUACCACAUGAACAUAAAGACAACAAGAAAAACAUGAUUUUCAUCAGAGUGGGUCUUUAAUUGUCCUGCAUCUCCAUGAUCAACUACUACUGGGAAUACAAGGAUUUAUUUUUACCUUUUUCACUAAAUGAGAUUUUUUGAAGGCCUAAUAAUGCCUAGAAACUCAUAAUUAUCCACUUCUACAUCAGGCAUGAGUGACAUUUACGCACUUUAAUAGUCUUGGAAAAAUUUGGAGAAAAGCCCAUAGCACCCCCUAAAAUGUUCCCCUCAGUUGGGUGAAUUUCUCCCACAUGCUUAAAUUCAUCCACUUUAAUUUCCUCUCUGAAGGUUGAAAACUGCCACCAACCUUACCUAAGAAUAAACUCCUGAAAACAUAUCCUGUCCUCAGAUAUUUCAAAAGUCAAUGAAGGACAUGUUUUUAAUGUAAAUUAGAUCCUGUGCACACUGUCCAGCACAUUUUCCAGACCUGACUGUACUAAGCGGACUUAUUUUCUGUUAUCUGCUGAAUAUAUAAUAAAAAGUUUUCACUAUAACAUAUGAGAUAAAUGUCGUAUUAAAGCAGUUUCUCAUCUCUCUGACAGCCUGUCCUCUGAUUGUUAUGACUGGGGAAGCCGUCACAGCAGCUUCACUGUGCACACCAAUGGAGACGAACAGCACCUGACCGCCACCACUGGAGAGCUCCAUCCUUACCCAUAAGCCCCUUCUCUUCACUGUACAGCACAAACUCUGCACUUUGGCUCCUAUUGGUUAAUUAUUGUGUUUUUAUCAUCACUGAUGUAAAAGUUUGUGAAGUUACAGGAGAGUUAAAGAUAGCAGAAUGUCCAGCAGAGUUCCUUCACUGGCCAGAGAGCAUACACUUAAGAAAAAAAAACACAGAACAGUUUGUACAGGACAUGAAGAAAUAUCCUAAGACAGGUUCAUUCACAUACGUUCAGACCAAAAAAAAAGUUGUCCCUCUGGAUAAAAGGAAAAAAAAGAGUGCCCAUAUAUUUUACUGGUAGGUCUCUGUUUCAUUGUAAACAGUAAGUUACAUAGAGGCUUCACCCUGGCUUACUUUUUAUGGGAUUCUUGGAAGUCUCAGUUUCACUGUUAAUAGUAAGUUACAAAGGACUUUGCUGUAGCCUACUGUUCUAGUUUUUCUGGUUAGUAUCAGUUCAGUGUCGAUAAGAAGUAGCUUCACUCUGGCUUACUGCUCAUGUGUUUCAAGGAGGUCUCAGUUUCACUGUUGAUAGUAGCUUUCACAGUGGCUUCACCCUGGCUGACUAUUCUUUUGUUUGUGGUGGGUCUUUGUUUCUCUGUGCAUAUAACAGGCUUACUGCUGGUCUGUCUGUGGUGAGUCUCAGUUUUAUAGAUUAGUGUAAAACUGAGAUUGACAAAAUGAGGAUUAUUUUUUCAAAUCAAGGAAGAAAUCACAAAAUAUUUCAUUCAAAUUAAUUGAAAUUCAGCAGGUAAAUAAUUUGAUUUUUGUCUCUGGUUUUAAAACAAGAUUAUAAAUAAUGAUGCGUUCAACAAAACAUACCAGCAGAUGUAGGGCCCUUGAAAAACUGUUUGGCUCUGCCCUUAAAUGGCUAAAUCUGCCCCGGUAUAUUGGCCAACCAUAAACAAAAAAUUUGACAUUUUUCUCAAGUUAUUGUGACUUUUAUCACAUUAAUUUAAAAGUUUAUUCUUGUGGUUUCAUGACUUUUGUAACACAAAUUCACAACUUUAUUCCUGAAAUCUCAUCUUUUUCCUCAAACUUCUCCCUUUGUCAAAGUAUAGCAGGUAAUUUUUCAUAAACUAAAAUAUCGGACACAUAGAACUGUUGACCUGAACAUGGUGUCAAAUUAAAAUUGAGAGGAUCAUCAAACCUGAACAGUUAACCCUGAGGGGAUCAUGAAUGUCUGAACCAAACCUCAUGAAAGUAAAUCCAUAAAAUAGCAUGAUGGUGAUAUUUUUUUAUCAUCUCUCUGUAGUCAGAUAAAUCUGAGGAUAAAAACUGAAGGAGGACUCUGUGUAGGAGCUCUGCUUCUCCGAAGUUUCACCGAUCUGCAGUUUGUCGACGAUGUUGUGAUGAAUGUUUUGAAUGUUCCUGUUUCAUUUAGGGAGUUUUUCACUCAGAGUUGUGUUCAUGUAGCGCUUACUAUAAAUCCAUCCAAACUCUGCAAACAAAAAAGUGUUAUUGUGAAUCUUAAAACUCUAAGACUCAGCCGUCUAAACAAAAGUUUGUUAAGUAUAUUUUUGAACUGUAUAGAUUUUGAAUUGAAUCGUGGUGACUCUGCACUGUAAAAAAUAGAAUUCAGAGUGUACUUCAUUGUGUCACAUGAAAAACAAGCACGUUUGUUGUUUUAACAUUGAUAAGAUGUAAAUAUCAAAAACCAGACGGAUAGAGAAAUACCUCUGUGUUGUUUCCAUGUACAGCCAAAACAUAUUGAAAUAUUUGAACCUUUUUUGUCCAAAUUUGACUUAUUUUUCUACACAUUUAUUUUAGUGUGAAUUUUUUUUUUGUUUUUCUCUUUAUUGUCUUGAAUUUUUACUGUGAAAUUGUGGAUCAUACGCGCAAGAUUGAUGUUAAAGAAUAAAAUAAACUAAUGAUUUUGUUGGUAAUUUUCAGACUUUAACAGUCUCUGAUUUUGAGUUAAAUGAAGUGUUUUAUUUUACAGUGUCUGUGUUUCAGUGAUAAUGUUCAGAAAACUCUAUAUUUCUAACAGACGGAGGUUUUUUAAGAUAUUUGUACAGCUGCGGUUUCACUCUGUGUUUUUAUUAUUGUCCUGUGUUUGUGAUGUGUACACACAAAUCAACACUUCAAUAAAAAACUGCUCAAAUUUCCUGUUAAAA